GACACUCGGGAGCGAACACACACACUCCCCGCUCGGAGCCGCGAGAGAGCGGAGCUUACCGCGCAGCGUACCCGCCGCCGCCGCGCGCCGGGCUCUCCUUGCGUCGCACUCCAGCCAGUCGCCGGUGCCCCGAGCGGCCGCCCGCGGAGCGCGCGACAGCCCCGCUGGCCUCGGCAGCAUCCUCUUGCCGCCCAGCCCCCGCACCCUCCCCGCCUUUUAAAAGGACCUCCCGCCACUUCCCCGCUCUGUCCCGGGAUCCCCCAGCCCCGGGCUUCUCCCCGCUCCACUCCGCAGCAACUUCGGCGGCCCGCGCGCCGCCAGCCUCGCCUGCCUUUGAAGUUUGCAGCGCCCACCGCAAAGUUGGGACACUUCGGCCGAUUUAAUUUUUCUCUUUUAUCUGCCUCCUCCUCCGCCUCCCAGCCCCUUCGGUUCCUGAGUACUGGUGCUUAGCAUCUUGGCUGGUGCCGGGGACGUGGACUGUUUCGCACACCACACCUCGGGGAGGGAUUUUUCCUCUCACCCUCCCAGGAAAAUCAAACAGAUUUUUGUAAGGAUGGUGCCUCUCCACUGGUGUCUGCUGUGGCUGCUAUUACCACUCAGCUCAAGGACUCAGAAGUUACCCACUCGAGAUGAGGAACUUUUUCAGAUGCAGAUCCGGGACAAGGCAUUUUUUCAUGAUUCAUCAGUAAUUCCAGAUGGAGCUGAAAUUAGCAGUUACCUCUUUAGAGACACACCCAAAAGGUAUUUCUUUGUGGUUGAAGAAGACAAUACUCCAUUAUCAGUCACAGUGACUCCCUGUGAUGCACCUUUAGAAUGGAAACUGAGUCUCCAAGAGCUUCCAGAAGACACAAGCGGGGAAGGCUCGGGUGAGCCCGAGCCUCUGGAGCAGCAGAGGCAGCAGAUCAUUCAUGAGGAAAGCACGGAAUUAUUCUCCUACAAAGGCAAUGAUGUGGAGUAUUUCAUAUCUUCUAGUUCCCCAUCUGGUUUAUACCAGUUGGAGCUGCUUUCAACAGAGAAAGAUACGCAUUUCAAAGUCUAUGCCACCACAACCCCGGAGUCUGAUCAGCCCUACCCCGAAUUACCUUAUGAUCCAAGGGUGGAUGUGACCUCCCUGGGACGCACCACAGUCACUCUGGCCUGGAAACCGAGCCCCACAGCCUCCUUGCUGAAACAACCCAUUCAGUACUGUGUGGUCAUCAACAAGGAGCACAAUUUCAAAAGUCUCUGUGCGGUAGAAGCCAAACUGAGUGCAGACGAUGCUUUUAUGAUGGCUCCAAAACCCGGUCUGGACUUCAGCCCCUUUGACUUUGCCCAUUUUGGGUUUCCUUCAGAGAAUCUGGGUAAAGAACGCAGCUUCCUAGCAAAGCCUGCUCCAAAACUGGGGCGGCAUGUGUACUGGAGGCCCAAGGUCGACAUUCAGAAAAUCUGCAUCGGGAACAAGAACAUCUUCACCGUCUCGGAUCUGAAGCCCGACACGCAGUACUACUUCGAUGUCUUCGUGGCCAACAGCAACAGCAACACGAGUACAGCAUACGUGGGCACCUUUGCCAGGACCAAGGAGGAAGCAAAACAGAAGACAGUUGAGCUAAAAGACGGUAAAGUGUCGGAUGUAUUCGUCAAACGGAAGGGAGCGAAGUUUUUACGCUUUGCACCGGUCUCUUCUCACCAAAAAGUCACUUUCUUUAUUCACUCCUGUCUGGACGCUAUUCAGAUCCAAGUGAGAAGGGAUGGGAAACUUCUCUUGUCUCAGAAUGUGGAAGGCAUUCGGCAGUUUCAGCUUCGAGGAAAGCCCAAAGCGAAGUAUGUCAUCCGACUGAAAGGACACAAGAAAGGGGCGUCAAUGUUGAAGAUCCUGGCCACCACGAGGCCGAGCAAGCAGCCAUUCCCCUCUCUUCCUGAAGACACGAGAAUCAAAGCCUUCGACAAGCUCCGCACCUGCUCCUCGGCCACCGUGGCGUGGCUGGGCACUCAGGAGAGGAACAAGUUCUGCAUCUACAAAAAGGAAGUGGACGAUAGCUACAAUGAAGACCAGAAGAGAAGAGAGCAAAACCAAUGCCUAGGACCAGACACGAGGAAGAAAUCGGAAAAAGUCCUCUGUAAAUAUUUCCACAGUCAAAACCUACAGAAAGCAGUGACCACGGAAACAAUUAAGGGGCUUCUGCCCGGAAAGUCUUACCUGCUGGAUGUAUAUGUCAUAGGACACGGGGGCCACUCGGUGAAGUACCAGAGUAAAGUCGUGAAAACCAGGAAGUUCUGUUAGUUACCUUGUAUGGCGAGAUGCUAUUACAUAGACCUGCAGGAGAGACAUGGAAUCACUUUAAGUAUAAACUGACUACUCCCAUGGCUGAGUGAAGUGACGACCAGUCCUUGGACUGUGGACGGAAGGAUAUCAACUUGUGUAUAUUGGUGUUUAUAGGAGUAACUGUUGAGGAGUCUUGUUCUAGUGUGCCUCAGUGGUACCUAGUGUGUGUCUGCUGCCCGUUGCUGUCAGAGAGGGCAUCUGGAAGGAACUGACAUCCCUUGCUUUGACCACUGCAUGAACUGCUUCUAAAUUAUUUUAUUACCUGAAAAUUUAAAACAUGCCAUUCAUUGCACACAUCCACAAAUGCAAAUCAUUCCUCUCUAUAGAUGCUAGGAUAUAUAUAAAUUAUUUUAUAAAGUCUUGUUUUAAAUGUCAGUGUUUCUAUGAUUGUAAACUAUUAAAUUCUUUUCCUGUUAAAGUACAGAUCUAAUCUAAGUAUAUAAUUAAGUGGACAGCCCUCUAGUCAAUUAUAUUGCUAUUGUAAAUUCUUAUCUGUUGAGUAAAAAGUUUAAAUACUGUAUGUAUCUCAUGUACAAAGUUGACAUACAUUAUAUUCAUGUACAUAAAAUUAAAGAUAUUAGAUUAUAUACUGUUCAUUUUCCCAAGCAGCUACCAUGGUGUAUUCAAUUUCUAUUCUGUUCAAAAACUGCGCCUUUAUAUAAUUUGGCACCAGAAUCAACCUUCGUUGUAAUAGUUAAGAUAGCAUGCUGCAUCUCUCCAAAGUUACUGUGGCAUUAGAGACACAGUUUGCUUUCGGACACUGAUUUGGAGCCAGGUGUCAUGAUUGCUGAGAGAGUUCCAACAGACUUGUUUUAAAAGAAUAAGCAAAAAAAAAAAAAAAGAAUAGACAAAGUCAAACACUGUAGCUCAACAAGGAUUCAACAGAUCAUUCUCAACAGCCUAAAAUAUAUUACAUUUAUUUUAAAAAUAAGCAUCUAUUUUAAGUACAAAGUUGGGAUAUCCCAAGUAUUUUUCAUCUGCUUGAAUAUUAGCAAGAUAAUGAUUUUAAUGUCUAUCUGAAGUGAUCUAACAACCACCAGUUAGGACUUUAUUUGGUAAUGAGGAGACAACAGAAGCUACUGUUUUGAUAACAUUAACAGUCUGAUACUUUGAUUUUUCACGAAUUUUUAGAAAGUAAUUUCAGCAUAAUUAAAAUUUAGGCAAAUAAUAACGGAAACCAUUUAGCAAAGAUGGCGCCAAGAGCACCUUUAGAUCAUUUCAUUCUCCACGGUUCUAUACAUGAGCUGUCAUGAGAACAUUAGAUCAGGAUUCAGAAGAGUGUAGAAUUUGUGGUCACGUGAGCUAUAUAACUUUAGCAGAUCUGUUAACUCCCACUGUCCCUCUUGCCCAUCUAUAAAUUGGGUGGUGACAGAUUUGGGUAAGAUGACAUUAGAAGAUACUUGCUAUUAUUAUAAGACAUUGUCUUUUGUAGAAUCAUAUGAUUCUGAAAUUAUAAAGUGCUCCUGUAACUACAGGUAGGGACAGAUGCAACCUCUUGACCUCUCCACUGUCCCCCACUUACUGGCACCAGCCUCCAUGUGGCAGGCAUGUGUCAACAGCAUUCCUCUGGCAGGGAGGAUCGCUAUGGCUGAGGUAGUGUACAUGGUGGUCAUUUUGAAAGGUCCUCUGAUAAUCUGAGGAUAAAACAUGUCCCCUAAAAAUCCAUCAUCCAACUCCUCUAGGUUAUGAUAUCAAAAGAAAAUUGAUCACAUCCAUAUAAAACAGUAACGGUACCCAAAAGAAUGUUAAAAAAGGAAAAAAAAAAAAAAGACACGUGCCUAGUGGCCAUGUAGCCAAUCAACCUGGAGGGAGAACUUAAAAUUGACAACAUUCCAGAGAUGCUACAUCCUAAGCUAUAAACGGGGUGCAUUUGAAAGGAGAACUGACUUUCUCCUGUUACUCGCAAAUAUGUUUUUAUAGAGCAGUGUGCUAAAUGGAACGACAGAGGAUCAAAGAGUUAUUGCAGCUUCUGAAGAGGAUGGACUUACUCUCAGAUAUUGCUUAAUGCCUAUGGACCCCUGGGAACCCAGCCAAGUCAAUUUAACCAAGCUCUUACCUUUCAGCCCGCUGUGAUGGUGGUCUCCAUGUAGUCUGGAUAAAUUUGAGAAUUCUUUCAUGGCCCCAGUGAAAUUUGCCUUUUAGAACUUACAGGAAAAUUAAGUACACACUGUGAAACUUCUGUCACUCGUAAAGAAAGGGAAAAACCUAUUAAAAAUAAAGAUCUCAUUUACUAAUGUGUUAGAUUUUUAGGAGCACUCAGGUGAACUGGAGACAAGAAAGAGAAACUUGUUCUUAAUUAACAAAGAAACAGAAAGUUGCUAAUAUGGAAGCACCACCUUGUGUUUGUUAAAAUCCUAGGACAGCUGUUUUGAGAACAGAACGUUUAGUAUCCCAAGGAUAGCCACAGGAUCAUGGAGGAAAGAAAAUCUUUGAGGACAUUUAGUUCAAGGUCACAAUCUUUAUCUUUCAGGUGCAAAAGAAACUGAAGACCAGAGAAAUAAAAAUAAAGUUCUCAUAGUAGAAACAGAUAAGGAGUAGAAUUGCCCAGAUUCCAAAAUACUUACCAGGAUAUAAAUCACUAAUUCUUGGCAGGGGGGGCGGAGUCACUUGUGGGUCACUUUCCUAAAGGAAAUAAAUUUUUUUGUCUUA